GCAUGUUUUUGACGUCAUAUUUCUUCACGUGCGUGUGGAUUGCUCGAAACAAAAAAAAUGCUCUAAACAACAACAGUGUAGAGCAUUUGUUUUAAAACUCUUGGUUGAUUUUUCUCCUUCUAUUUCAUCAUACUUUACACGGUCAUGGCCAGCAGUCGACGGCCCGAGCAUACUGCACCUCCUGAAGUGUUUUACAAUGACGAAGAGGCAAAGAAAUACUCUCAAAACUCUCGAAUGAUAGAGAUCCAAACGCAAAUGUCAGAGCGUGCUGUGGAGCUUUUGAACCUUCCAGAGGGACAGCCCUGUUACCUGCUGGAUGUGGGGUGUGGCUCUGGACUCAGUGGAGAUUAUCUCUCUGAAGAGGGACACUAUUGGGUUGGAGUUGACAUCAGUACAUCAAUGCUUGAUGUUGCCCUUGAUAGAGAUGUGGAAGGAGACCUCUUAGUGGGAGACAUGGGACAGGGAAUGCCUUUCAGACCUGGUACCUUUGAUGGCUGUAUCAGUAUUUCUGCUCUACAAUGGCUCUGCAAUGCGGACAAGAGGACACACAGUCCGCCAAAGAGACUGUAUACGUUCUUCAGCACUUUGUACUCCUCUCUGUCAAGGGGAGCACGUGCAGUUUUUCAGCUUUAUCCUGAGAACUCAGAGCAGCUUGAACUGAUCACGACACAGGCCAUGAGGGCAGGAUUCAGUGGGGGCAUGGUGGUUGAUUAUCCCAACAGCAGCAAAGCCAAAAAAUUCUUUUUGUGUUUGUUUGCUGGAGUGUCUGGAGUCCUUCCCAAGGGUUUGGGAACAGAGACAUCAGAUAAAACUGUGCCAAACCAAGUUCAGUAUUCAGGACAAAGAUGCCGCUUUAAAAAUAUGAAGGGGAAAUCAGCAAAAAAGGGUAAAGAUUGGAUCUUGGAGAAGAAGGAGAGGAGAAGACGACAAGGACGUGGUGUUCGGCCUGAUACAAAGUACACCGGACGUCAGAGAAGACCUCAUUUCUAGCUGCUAUUCAGUUUUGCUUUUCUUUGAUAUUCUUGCCAAGUGUAAAAAGCUGUUGACUGUGUAAACUGUGAAACCAAAUCAUGUUUACGUCAGUCAAAAACUUCAAGAAACAUAAUGUCUGCCAGUGAUAUUAAAGAGGAUUUUUAAAGUUUC